AUGCGUCUGACGUAUAUUAAGCAAUGCCAACAUUCCGUCGGUCUUCCUGCUCAACUUAUAAUGAUUCGUAUACCCUUUACAUUCUUUGAAUUUUUAUUCCCCAACCUACAGAUUGUAGUUGGUAAAGUCGGUGGAGGAGAUGGACGCGAUGGACGAGACGGUCGUGAUGGCCAUAAAGGUGACAAG